AUGGCUCUUGUAGAUGCCAAGUACCAGUUUCUGUACGUCAGUGUGGGAGCACAAGGAAGAGCAUCAGAUGCAGGAGUUUUUAACGAGUCUGACUUCAAGAAAGCACUGGACCAGGGCCUUCUCAAUAUUCCUGCAGCAAAACCACUUCCGCUAUCAAACAUACAAGCCCCCUUUGUGUUCCUGGGCGACGAUGCUUAUCCUUUGCGCACAGACCUCAUGAAGCCAUACUCUAUUCGUCAGAUGGAUUAUGAGCAGAGAGUUUUUAAUUACAGGCUUUCUCGAGGACGCAGAGUGGUGGAAAAUGGAUUUGGAAUACUUGCUAACAGGUGGAGAGUGUUCCUCACCACAAUAAUGCUCAAUGCUGACAAAAAGAUGGUGACCAUGGGUUUGUGGAGGGUGCCUGGAGACAAGAUGGUCUGGGAGCCAUGCUCCCUCUUCAACCUGUAA